AUUCAGACCGGUGGGUCGAUCAACAACGAAACUUGCGCAGUUCGUCCUAUUCUUCAAACUGCCAUCAGCACCAAAUAUGGAUGACCGGCGUCUCCCACCAGAACAUGCCAAUCGCUACAGCGGGGCUACCUCGCAAGUUCCCGAACUCGACGUUAUGAGUAUACCCAAAUCGCCGAUCGUGCCAACGGUGACCAGUGCAGCCCAAUCGCCAGAGCGGAAACCUCGCGUCUUCCCGUGGUAUCACCCGCAAGGACGGUCACGGCGGCGACGAAUCAUCAUCGCUGCAGUGGUAUCAGCAGUGCUGAUCCUCGCCACAGUUUUAGGCGCAGUCCUGGGCGUUCGAGCUAAUCGAUAUCCAAACUACACGCCUCUAACCUACCGACUGGUAGAUACAUAUCAAGGGACAUCCUUCUUCGACAAAUUCAACUACUUCUCCGACGAGGACCCGACAGCUGGCUUCGUGAUAUAUGCGAACCGCGACGCGGCCCAGGAUCUCAAUCUCACCUAUGCCAGCGGUACCUCGGCCGUGCUGCGUGUGGACUCGUCUACGCCCCAUGCCGUUGGGGGUCGUAACUCGGUUCGCAUCGAGUCAAAGGCUACCUAUGACACGGGCCUGUUUUUGUUUGAUAUCAUCCACACACCGUACGGCUGUGGGACAUGGCCAGCCCUCUGGUUGACGGAUGGCUAUAAUUGGCCGCUGAAUGGGGAGAUUGAUGUCCUCGAGUCGAAUAAUGAGGGCUCGAACGGUAACGAGAUUACCUUGCAUACGACCCAGGGGUGCAAUAUGGACGUCAAGCGGAAAGAGACGGGCUCUCCUGUGCAAAAGUCAUGCGACAAUAGCACCGGAAACUCUGGCUGUGGCGUGCUGGGUGAUUCAUCCACGUAUGGACAAGAGUUUAAUCAGAACGGUGGUGGAAUCUAUGCUCUCGAGAUCCGCCCCGCAGGAAUCCGCACCUGGAUUUUCCCUCGAGCAGCAAUUCCACUGGACCUCUCCAAUUCUACUAACAUCCCCAAUCCAUCAACCUGGGGCACCGCUCUCGCCGACUUCCCCAGCACGAACUGCGAUAUCACCUCACACUUCCGAAACCAGAGUAUUAUUGCGAAUAUCGAUCUGUGCGGGGAGUUAGCAGCGCAAUCGCAGUAUUACACUGAGUUGUACCAGUGUCCUGGUACAUGUUCGGAUUUUGUGGCGAAUAAUCCAAGUAGUUUUGACGAGGCGUUCUGGGAGUUUGGCGAAUUUAGGGUUUAUGAGGCUAUUUAAGGUGGAGGUUGCUUUGGCUUGGAUGAUGUGUUUUAUUUUGGAAUGAAUGUCGGUUUGAACUAUUUUAUGAUUUGAUUGGCCCCAGGGUUGGAGGUGCUUUGGCGUUGGAACUACUGGUACCUUGUGAAACUCUUACGACGAGUACAAUACACCUGGCA